AUGUCUGUUCCCAGGUCUGCGCACCGCUGGAAAACCCUCUCCACGUCCUGGUAUUGCUUGGCGGACGUCUCCAAUACGCUGAGCUUGGCGUCGUCCACAAGCCCCGCCGUGAUGCCCUGCGCCGGACAGAUAUUGCUCUGCCUCGAGGGCAGCCAUACAGCCGGUACCGGCAGAGGUGAUGGCCUGUCUGUAAAUCUUGUCUUGCACGUCACCGGCAGCAAACACACCUGGAACAGAUGUCUGUGCAGUACCUGGCUUGGUCUUGAUGUAUCCGGACUCGUCAGUCUCGAUUUGGUUGCUAAACACCUGCGUGGCUGGCGUGUGGCCAAUGGCGUAGAACAGACCGUUCACGGCAAGAGUGGAAGACUCGCCGGUCUUGACAUUCUUGACCUUAAGACCUUGCAGGAACUUUCCGUCACCAAUGGCCUCUUCGGAAACAGUGUUGAACACAAUCUCGAGCUUUUCGUUUUUCUGGACACGCUUUUGCAUGAUGGUGGAGGCUCUAAGGUGGUCCUUUCUGACGAUCAAGUAGACCUUGGAUCCGUACUUGGUAAGGAACAGAGCUUCUUCACAGGCAGAGUCACCUCCUCCAAUGACGGCCAAAGGCUUGUUUCUGAAAAUUGGAACAGCACCGUCACAAACGGCACAGGCAGAGAUACCUUGUUGCCAGUAAGUCUCUUCUCCUGGCAAGUGGAGUCUCUUGGCAGAGGCACCAGUGGAGAUGACGACGGCAUCGGUGGUGAUUGGCUCGGAGUCCUCGUUGAACUCUGUCCAGAGCUUGAAAGGCUUGGACGAGAAGUCCACCUUGGAAAUGGUUUCGGUGAUGAUUUCGGUUCCGAAUCUCUCGGAUUGCGCUCUCAUCUGCUCCAUCAAUGUGGAACCAUUGAUACCUUGUGGGAAACCAGGGAAGUUUUCGAUUUCUGUGGUGGUUGUCAAUUGGCCACCAGCUGCGAUACCGUUGGCCAUCAUACCUUCGUACAAAACAGGCUUCAUCUCGGCACGAGCGAGAUAGAUAGCAGCGGUGUGGGCAGCAGGACCAGACCCAAUGAUAGUAACUUUGUUGUGGACCAUUCUGAUUGUUCUAUAGUUAUGCUUAAAAGAACGGAACAUACAAUAGUAUAA